AUGAGUGAAGGUCUUACUGUUAAUUUUGAUUAUAUUGCGAACAACAUACAAUCAUACAUCGAACAAGGUAACAUUUACGAUAUUCUUGAUGAAAAUGACAUUGCAGAAGUUUUAGAAAAAACAAAUCUAACCUCUAAUAACUUCAAUGAUCUUCUUUCACAAGGUAAAACGAAAUAUAAUUCAUCUAAAAUGUAUGGAUUUGUUCGUAAGUGUAACAUUUCAGUUAAUUCGUUCGAAGAGGUGAUUAACGUUCUCAACAGUUACCAAAGUAUUUUGAAACUUAAAUCAUCCGGAAACUUAAUUGAUUAUUUAAAUCAAUACAAGACCGAAUUUAAUACAAAUUCACAAGAAGUCACAAAUUUACAAAACAAAAUUCAAGAUCUCGAAACAAAGAUUAUUAGUCUUGAAAACGAAAAUAACAAAUACAAAGAUGAAAUCAAUCAACUCAAAAAUGAAAUCGCAACAUUUAACAGCAAAAAUAAUAAACUACAACAAUCAAUCAAUAAAAUUGCGCAAUGUGCUGGAUUGCCAUUAAAUUCUGAUUUCAAUACAGUUUACAAUUUCCUUCGAGGACUUUCAGAUAAAGGAGAUCAAUUGAAAAUGGCAAUUUCAUGUGCAUGUGGAUUAAGUGAAAAGAAAGAAAAUCAAUACGGAAAUACUGUACUUAAUUGUGCAUGUCUUUGUGGAUAUCUUAAAUUAGCAAAAUCUCUUAUUGAAGGAGGUUGUGACAGAAAUGCAGUUGAUAAUUAUGGAAAUAAUUGCUUAAUUAAUGCAUCAGGACAUGGACUGAUUGAAAUUGUAAGAUAUUUAAUUGAAAUUGGUAAAAUUGACAUGAAUUAUCAAAAUCAAAAAGAUGGAAAUAAUGCUAUUCUUGUUGCAUCAGAAAAUGGUCAUCUUGAAGUAGUUAAAUAUCUCAAAUAUAAGGGUUGUAAUUUAGAAUCUAAAAAUUUAAAUAAUGCAAAUUGUGUUUACAAUGCAAUAGCAAAUGGACAUCUUGAAACAGUUAAAUAUCUUGUAUCAGUUGGAGCUAGUCCAAAUGAACAAGAUAACAAUGGAUAUUCUCCAAUUCAAUUUGCAUCGCAAUUUGGUCAUCUUGAAAUCAUUGAAUAUCUCUUUGAUCGUAAUGAUGGUAUUGAUCCAAAUAUAAAAUUAAAAGGUGUAUGGUCUCCAAUAAUUAUUGCAUCAUCAUAUGGUCAUCUUGAAGUAGUUAAAUAUCUGAUUACAAAAGGAUAUGAUCUAAAUGAUAAAAACGAUGAUGGUGAUUCUCCACUUCAUUUUGCAGCCAAGAAAGGAUAUUUCGAAGUUGUUGAAUUUUUAGUUUCAAAAGGUUCCAAUCUUAAUGAUAAAGACAAUGAUGGAAAAACACCACUUGAUUAUGCAAAAGAAAGACAAACCGAAAAUGAAAACUACGGAAAAAUCAUUACUCUUCUUGUUGACAGGAUAAGCAAACAAUCAGGCGCCAAAUAA